GUUUUCCAUCAAUAACUAGGGUAGGGUCUGUUUUUCAUCAAUAGCUAGGGUACGGGCAGGGCUUGGGUAUCACUAAAUUGAUCAUUAACAUUUUGAAGCUAAGCCACUUGUUCGUGCUCUGUUGCACAGUACAGCCAUAUCUGACUAAGAUCAUAACAAGGUGUCAGAAGUGCUUCAACCUCGUCAAAAAGUCAGGAGAGAUUAUUUCACAGAAAAUAAUAAAUGUUCAUUGAGUUUUGUUGGAUUUUAGAGUGACGAAAAGUAGCUAACAGCUAACUGCUCUCACGUCUCUACAUUGAGCAGAGCAGCCCAAGCGUAGCCGUUGCUAUGGAUACGUACAUGAGCGUGUGUGACAGACAGACAGGAGCAGCUAAUGCGUUUACUUAUGGAGGAAGUUGUUUCUGGUUUCGGGCAGGGCCAGGCCUUAAAUUUGGCAGAAGCAAUUGGGCCUGGGUAGAGUAAUCAAAUGCAUAGCUGGAGCCCUAAGCUGGAUAAUAAUUUAUUUGACACAUCUUAGACAAAUACACUGAAAAAAUAUAUAAACGCAACAAUUUCAACAAAUUUACUGAGUUCCUUUGAAUAUAGCCAAAGGGAGCGUGAUGAGAUAAUUGUAUCGUAGUCCCUUUUUGACAUGCCGGGGUGGGAUAAUUCUGACCCCUCAUUAUUCCACGGGGACUCAGGUGGCAAAAAUAACCAUCAUUGGGACAGCGCACAGAUGAUUUCUGUGAGCGCUGGUGUGCCAUCCUGAACAAAUGCUCGAUUGAUUUAAUGACAUUAAUUGUUGACCAGUUGAAAAAGGAUUUUAUUGAAAUGGAUAACACGAUUGAAGAGAAACGCACAGCUCUGCAAGGAGCUGUUAAUGAUGAUGGCAUAUUUAAUGAACCGAUGAAAACUAACUAUGCGCUCCAGAACAAGUUGUCCACAGAAAUAAAGGAACUUAAAAUCAAGAAAUUCAACCAAGACGAAAAAGGCAAGGCUGAGGACAAAGUCGACUUCUGGAGAAACCCUGACAAGGGAGGUCCUGCUCCUCGUCUCCAUGGCAGACGCAGGAUCCACCCCCAUCUGAUCAACGCUCUACAACCAGCGCCUCAUCUGCUUCCAGUGCCAGUUUUUCAUCCAACGAGAGACUGGGCCGACGGAAGGGCUGAGGUGACCGGGGGCACGCGCACCGAUGAGAUGCCGCACCCGACGGGAAAUGGACAAGGUAUAUACCACUACAACGACACAGGUUCCAGGUACAUGGGCACGUGGGUGAUGGGCAAGAUGGAGUCAGCAGGAGAAUUCAUCCACCUGAACCACAGAUACCAGGGCAACUUCCUCAACAACAACCCAUCAGGCCCAGGGAAGUAUGUGUUUGAAAUUGGCUGUGAGCAGCAUGGAGAAUACCUACAGGUGGAUCAGCCUGCAUCAGAUGAGGAGAAUGGUAAACAUGGGAAAGCCCAGAAGUCCAGGUCUCCCUACCCUGGCCAUGGGGAGGGCUAUUUCUCCAUAGGGGCUUCAGGAGAGGAGGACAGAGGGGAUGCCGAGGAGGAUGAGAUAGUAUCCACCAUGGUCCUAAAGUGGAAGCCCAAGUCUGUCACGGGCCUGUCCCUCUGGACCCCAGCCAAAGAGCCAUCCUCGGACGGAGAAGGACUGGCCUCCGCAGACGAGAAAGAGGGAUCCAAACCUCCCACUCCAGACACCUGAGACCUUGCCAGAUUCGCACAGCAAACACACAUUUCAAUAAUAAAGACAUCUCUCUCAUAA